UCGAUGAACCCGGAAGUCGCUGUUUCUGUUUACAGUCACACAGACACAACGAGCACGACUCAUCGCUGCUCGAACUCUUGAGCCCAGAAACAGAAACAAACAGAAGCCAACAUGAGCGAGACGCAGGACGCGGAGAAGAUCGAGUCCAUCUCGGUGCACAACUUCUCGGAGAAGAUCCUGGAGCAGCUCGUCCACUUCCACGUGAUGAAGCUCAGCGGCGGCUUCUUCCUGUGGGUCGGUUCCGCGCCGCUUCUGUCCAACCUGGCGGUGUCGAUGAGCAGCAAAUACGAUUCGAUGCCAUUAUCCACGUUAGUCAUGGGGGAUCCGUCCAACACGGCUCCGAAUUCCCUGUCACAGAGAUUAGCGAAGAGGACCAGAAAGCAGGUGUUUGUGAGCUACAGCCUCCCAAUGACGGACUCCAACGUCAGUCUGCUGGUGGAGAACCGGAUCAAAAAGGAGCUGGAGCUUCACCCCGAACACUUCUGAUCCUUCACCCGGGACCUUUGAUAUGGAACUGACGACAUUCAGGACGGAAAAGGAAAAACAAACAAAAAUGGCAGGUCCUCCUCUUCCUCUUCCUCGCACUUGAAACCCCGCUCCUCCGACACAAUAACCACAGGCGGUCACAUCGAGUGUUCUUUUUAUUGACAUAAUAAAUUAAGUGGUUCAUUAUCAAAACAUGUAGGCCUACGUUUUUUUGUACAAAUGCAUCGUAUUAAAAAAAUAACACUUCGAAAAAACAGCGUUA